AUGUCGAGAACGCCACCUCAACAAUGGAUUCAAUCCUCAGAUGGCCGAUAUAUCAGUGCACGGACUUAUACUUCCGAUGACGAGUCUCAGGGGCUGACGGCAAUUUCAUCCCAUCCGUACUCCACACAGGAACCCCCGCGUUUUUUGCUUCCCGACAAUCAGAGUUAUGAUGCAACCAUGGUUCAGGUCGCGACCGUUUCGAGGCCCACUUUGCAGGGGCGGGGAUGGGAUGGCGGAAACGACGCAAAGUACAACUUUUCGCCGGCGAGUACAGGCUCUCUUGCACAGUACAGCAUACAGCGGUCAAGUGUGUCAAGGACUGUGGAACAUGCAGGGCCUUCCAGCUCCUAUUAUGAUGCUUCGAACCGUAGUCGUGGGUCUAUUGGCUCUAUCGGUCGGAUAAAUGAUGUGGAUUCGCAGUAA